UAUUUGUUUAACUCGGUAUAUAAUACUUUUGUCUGUGUUUUAAUUGAGCAUGUUUUAUGAAAAGUAUGUUUUAUCAAUUGGUAAUUUUUAUUUUUAGGCGUUCGAAUGUACCUCCAAGCAAAGAUGACGAAGCUGAAGCACAACGUAAACAUCGAUCAGCUCAAGCAAGGAGAGAAAGACGUUCGACACAAAGUGUUACAGUUGAGGAUAUUCGAACAGCUGAACAACAAAUUAAAAAUCGUGAAGGAUUACCGACAUCUUCUUCGCCUGAUCAACAAAAUGCUGCUAUUCAACAACAAGAACAACAGCAACCGACUAAAUUAUCAGUUUUAAAUAGUACACCAGCAGUGGUACAUACAAACAGUAUUAAUGUGGUUGGAAGUCAGAUAAUUGGUUCUGGUGGUAGUAGUACUACUGGCGGUGAAGAUGUACUUGGACAAAAUGUUGAAACACAUAAAUUACAACGAUUUAUUGAAGAAAGUAAAGAAUCACAGCGUGGCUCAAGAAGAGCAAGUGGAGAAGAAGAAUUUCGUUUGCCAUUUGAUAAUUCAGUAGAUAGUUCAAGAAGAUUUCGUUCACGAUUUGCUGCUGAAGAACAACCAUCACCAACUUCGAUUCAAGCAAACGAUUCAUUUAAUUUAGCUCAAUCUGAACUUGUCCCGAAUCGUCGACGACAUAGGGUAAAUCGUAAACCAACGGGAAAAAUAGUUUGGAACGAAGAAACAAAAGAAGUUGAAAUUCGAGAUGAUACAGAUUAUGUACCAAAAACGCCUAUAUUGGAUCCAUCUCACAGGUCUGAUGAUCAAAAAUUACAAGAUAAUGCACAACAAAACACCAGUCAGUCUCCAGGAGUGUUAGGUUCUCGUGGUUUAAAAUCUCGCUUUGAAAAUUCACCUUCAAUAGCUGCACUCGUUACAUCAUCACCCACAACACCAUCAUCUCCACAAUCACAAACACAAACACAAACACAAUCAUCAUCUCAAUCUUAUCGAAAUAAUCGUAGUCAAAGUCAAGAUCCAUCACGCAAACCAGUUUUAUCUUCUGGCAAUAAUCAACAAAUUCAAAAUACAAACGAAACACGUACAAAUGUUAUGAACGGCAUGGCGUCACCAUUUAGUGUAAGAAAACAAACGUUACAAGAGACGUCCGUACAACCGUUGAAAGAAAAUACAGAAAAUGCACCAUCAGACACAUCUGCUGUCAAAAGGUUGUACGAAGAUGCUAAACGUAAAAUCGAUGAUUUACAGCAAAAGCUCGAACGUAUGGAACAGGAAAUACUGGAUCGAGAUCAAAUGAUUGAAAAACUAAAAACAUCACAAUAUAUCGAAUCAUCUAUGGAUAAAAGAGAAAAACGUGCUUACGAAAGAAAAAUAUCGGAAUUAGAAGAAGAAUUGAAAAAAAUGGACUCACUUAAAGCUGAUAACACCCGUUUAAAAGAAGAAAAUGCGGCAUUGAUACGUGUUAUUAGUAAACUAUCAAAAUGA